AUGACCCUGCAGGGAAGCAGCGUGACCCAGUGGGAAAGGGUGCAGCCUGUUUGCACUGGGCUGUCUGACCAUGAACCUAGGACAUCACAGAAGAACCAUGGUAGCCUGUCCCAUCAGAAGGCCAACCUGACAUUUAUCUUCCCUGUCACUGCAGAUAGAGUGGUGCUCUUCCAGUUGGGAUUCCUGGGGACCACAGGGCAGAGCAGUGGAGGGGUGCCUACUGCAUGCAUCACAUGUCUGAGACAUAAAGAAGUACAAAAUUUAACAUGCAUCCCAGAAUUCCACCCCAUAGGUCUCUCAGUUGACCUAGACCUAGACUUCCUGGUCACAGUGCUGGGGAACCUACUCAUCAUCCUGGCCAUCAGCUCUGACUCCCACCUCCACACUCCCAUGUACUUCUUGCUCUCCAGCCUGUCCCUCACUGACGUAGAUUUCGUCUCCAUCACUGUCCCAAAUUUGCUGGUGAACAUACAAACUCACAAGGAAGUUGUCUCUUAUGUGGGCUGCCUGACACAGAUGUCUCUUUUUGCCAUUUUUGGAUGUAUGAAUUAUAUGCUUCUGACUCUGAUGGCCUAUGACCAGUUUGUGACCAUCUGUCACUCUCUGCAUUACCCAGCUAUAAUCAACUCUCACCUAUGUGGCUUCUCAAUUUUGAUCUUUUUGCUGAGUCUUUUGGACUCCCAGAUGCACAAUUUGAUGAUCUUACAAAUUACCAGUUUCAAGGAUGUGGAAAUUUCUAGUUUCUUCUGUGAUCCUUUUCAACUUUUGAAUCUUUACUGUUCUGACACCUUUUCUGAUAACAUAUUCAAAUAUUUUUUUGUUGCCACAUAUGGCCUUUCCCCAUCUCCAGGAUCCUUUUCUUUUACUAAUUUUAUGUCCUCCAUUCUGAGGAUCCCAUCCUUAGGAGGGAAGUACUAA